CUGCGGGCUCUCUGGGUGGGCAUGAUCGGCGGGCAAGCUUGCAAGCCUCUUACGUAAGGAGCUGAAGGGGAAAUGAAAUAUACAGGAUGAAAAGAUGGCAAUGUUGCCUCCCCCAGGACCUCAGAGCUUCGUCUACUUCACAAAACAGUCUCUUGCCCGCAUUGAACAACGUAUCGCUGAAGGAAAAACAAAGGAACCCAAAGAAGAAAAGAAAGAUGAUGAUGAAGAAGGCCCAAAGCCAAGCAGUGACUUGGAAGCUGGCAAACAGCUGCCCUUCAUCUACAGGGACAUCCCUCCAGGCAUGGUGUCAGAGCCUCUGGAGGACCUGGACCCCUAUUACGCAGACAAAAAAACUUUCAUAGUAUUGAACAAAGGGAAAGCAAUCUUCCGUUUCAAUGCCACACCUGCCUUGUACAUACUCUCUCCUUUCAGUCCUCUAAGAAGAAUAUCUAUUAAGAUUUUAGUACACUCCUUAUUCAGCAUGCUUAUCAUGUGCACUAUUCUGACGAACUGCAUAUUUAUGACCAUGAGUAACCCUCCAGAUUGGACCAAGAAUGUAGAGUACACUUUCACUGGAAUAUAUACUUUUGAAUCACUUGUAAAAAUCCUUGCAAGAGGCUUCUGUAUAGGAGAAUUCACUUUCCUUCGUGACCCAUGGAACUGGCUUGAUUUUGUCGUCAUUGUUUUUGCGUAUUUAACAGAAUUUGUAAACCUAGGCAAUGUUUCAGCUCUUCGAACUUUCAGAGUAUUGAGAGCUUUGAAAACUAUUUCUGUAAUCCCAGGCCUGAAGACCAUCGUGGGGGCUCUAAUCCAGUCGGUGAAGAAGCUCUCUGAUGUCAUGAUCCUGACCGUGUUCUGUCUGAGCGUGUUUGCGCUGAUCGGGCUGCAGCUCUUCAUGGGCAACCUGAAGCAUAAAUGUCUGCGGAAUCCACUUGAAAACAAUGAAACAUUAGAAAGCAUAAUGGAUACCCUUGAAGAAGAAGACUUUAGAAAAUAUUUUUAUUACUUGGAGGGAUCCAAAGAUGCUCUCCUUUGUGGCUUCAGCACAGAUUCAGGUCAGUGUCCAGAAGGGUACAUUUGUGUGAAAGCUGGCAGAAACCCCGAUUAUGGCUAUACGAGCUUCGACACUUUCAGUUGGGCUUUCUUAGCCUUGUUUCGGCUAAUGACCCAGGAUUACUGGGAAAACCUUUACCAACAAACACUGCGUGCUGCUGGGAAAACCUACAUGAUCUUCUUUGUUGUGGUGAUCUUCCUGGGCUCCUUUUAUCUAAUAAACUUGAUCCUGGCUGUGGUGGCCAUGGCCUACGAAGAACAGAACCAGGCAAACAUCGAAGAAGCUAGGCAAAAAGAGUUAGAAUUUCAACAGAUGUUGGAUCGUCUUAAAAAAGAGCAAGAAGAAGCUGAGGCAAUAGCAAUGGCAGCAGCUGAAUAUACAAGUAUUGGGAGAAGCAGAAUUAUGGGCCUCUCCGAGAGUUCUUCUGAGACAUCCAAACUGAGCUCUAAAAGUGCUAAAGAAAGAAGAAACAGAAGAAGGAAAAAAAAUCAAAAGAAGCUCUCCAGUGGGGAAGAAAAGGGAGAUGAUGAGAAAUUGUCCAAAUCGGAGUCAGAGGAGAGUAUCAGGAGAAAAAGUUUCCACCUUGGUGUUGAAGGCCAUAGGCGAGCACACGAAAAGAGACUGUCUACCCCUAACCAGUCACCACUCAGCAUCCGUGGCUCCUUGUUUUCCGCAAGGCGCAGCAGCAGAACAAGUCUUUUUAGUUUCAAAGGUCGAGGAAAAGAUAUUGGAUCUGAGACUGAAUUUGCCGAUGAUGAGCACAGCAUUUUUGGAGACAAUGAGAGCAGGAGGGGCUCCCUGUUCGUGCCCCACAGACCUCGGGAGCGGCGCAGCAGUAACAUCAGUCAAGCCAGUAGGUCCCCCCCAAUGCUGCCGGUGAACGGGAAGAUGCACAGUGCCGUGGACUGCAAUGGUGUGGUCUCCCUGGUUGAUGGACCCUCAGCCCUCAUGCUCCCCAAUGGACAGCUUCUGCCAGAGGUGAUAAUAGAUAAGGCAACUUCUGAUGACAGCGGUACAACCAACCAAAUACACAAGAAAAGACGUUCCAGUUCUUAUCUUCUUUCUGAGGACAUGUUGAAUGAUCCCAAUCUCAGACAAAGAGCAAUGAGUAGAGCAAGCAUAUUAACGAACACUGUAGAAGAACUUGAAGAAUCCAGGCAAAAAUGUCCACCUUGGUGGUACAGAUUUGCACACACAUUCUUGAUCUGGAAUUGCUCUCCAUAUUGGAUAAAAUUCAAAAAGCUUAUCCAUUUUAUUGUAAUGGAUCCUUUUGUUGAUCUUGCUAUUACCAUUUGCAUAGUUUUAAACACAUUGUUUAUGGCUAUGGAGCACCACCCAAUGACUGAUGAAUUCAAAAAUGUGCUCACUGUGGGAAAUUUGGUCUUUACUGGGAUCUUUGCAGCUGAAAUGGUUUUAAAACUAAUUGCCAUGGAUCCAUAUGAGUAUUUCCAAGUAGGAUGGAAUAUUUUUGACAGCCUUAUUGUGACUUUAAGUUUAGUGGAACUUUUUCUAGCAGAUGUGGAAGGAUUGUCAGUUCUGCGAUCAUUCAGACUGCUCCGUGUUUUCAAGUUGGCAAAAUCUUGGCCAACACUGAACAUGCUGAUAAAGAUCAUUGGUAACUCAGUGGGGGCUCUGGGUAACCUCACCUUGGUGUUGGCCAUCAUCGUCUUCAUCUUUGCCGUGGUCGGCAUGCAGCUGUUUGGUAAGAGCUACAAAGAAUGUGUCUGCAAAAUCAACGAAGACUGUGAGCUCCCACGCUGGCACAUGAAUGACUUCUUUCACUCCUUCCUGAUUGUGUUCCGCGUGCUCUGUGGAGAGUGGAUAGAGACCAUGUGGGACUGUAUGGAGGUCGCUGGUCAAGCCAUGUGCCUUAUUGUUUACAUGAUGGUCAUGGUGAUUGGAAACCUAGUGGUUCUGAACCUAUUUCUGGCUUUAUUAUUGAGCUCAUUUAGUUCAGACAAUCUUACAGCAAUUGAAGAAGACACUGAUACAAACAACCUCCAGAUUGCAGUGACCAGAAUUAAGAAGGGAAUAAAUUAUGUGAAACAAACCUUACGUGAAUUUAUUCUAAAAGCAUUUUCCAAAAAGCCAAAGAUUUCUAAAGAGAUAAGACGAGCAGAUCUAAAUAGUAAGAAGGAAAACUAUAUCUCUAAUCGCACACUUGCUGAAAUGAGCAAAGAUCACAACUUCCACAAGGACAAAGAUAAAACCGGUGGUUUUAGAAGCAGCGUGGACAAAUACUUGAUGGAAGAAAGUGAUUGUCAAUCAUUUAUUCAUAAUCCCAGCCUCACAGUGACAGUGCCAAUUGCACCUGGGGAAUCUGAUUUGGAAAAUAUGAAUACCGAGGAACUUAGCAGUGAUUCAGAGAGUGAAUACAGCAAAGGGAGACUGAACCGAUCGAGUUCCUCUGAGUGCAGCACAGUUGAUAACCCUCUGCCAGGAGAAGGAGAAGAAGCGGAGGCUGAACCUGUAAAUUCAGAUGAGCCAGAGGCCUGUUUUACAGAUGGUUGUGUACGGAGGUUCCCAUGCUGCCAAGUUAACAUAGAAUCAGAGAAAGGAAAAAUCUGGUGGAACAUCAGGAAAACCUGCUAUAGGAUUGUUGAACACAGUUGGUUUGAGAGCUUCAUUGUUCUCAUGAUCCUGCUCAGCAGUGGUGCUUUGGCUUUUGAAGAUAUAUAUAUUGAAAAGAAAAAGAACAUUAAGAUUAUCCUGGAGUAUGCUGACAAGAUAUUCACUUACGUCUUCAUUCUGGAAAUGCUUCUAAAAUGGGUGGCAUAUGGUUAUAAAACAUAUUUCACCAAUGCUUGGUGUUGGCUGGAUUUCUUAAUUGUUGAUGUUUCUCUGGUGACUUUAGUCGCAAACACUCUUGGCUACUCAGACCUUGGCCCCAUUAAAUCCCUCCGAACACUGAGAGCGUUAAGACCUCUAAGAGCUUUAUCUAGAUUUGAAGGAAUGAGGGUGGUCGUGAAUGCACUCAUCGGUGCAAUUCCUUCCAUCAUGAAUGUGCUACUUGUGUGUCUUAUAUUUUGGCUAAUAUUUAGCAUCAUGGGAGUAAAUUUGUUUGCUGGCAAGUUCUAUCAGUGUGUUAACACCACAGAUGGGUCUCGGUUUCUUACAAAUGAAGUUCAAAAUCGUUCCGACUGUUUUGCACUGAUGAAUGUUAGUCAAAAUGUGAGAUGGAAAAACCUGAAGGUGAACUUUGACAAUGUUGGACUUGGUUACCUGUCUCUGCUUCAAGUUGCAACAUUUAAGGGAUGGAUGGAUAUUAUGUAUGCAGCCGUUGAUUCUGUUAAUGUAGACAAGCAGCCCAUAUACGAAUACAGCCUCUACAUGUAUAUUUAUUUUGUCAUCUUUAUCAUCUUUGGGUCAUUCUUCACUUUGAACUUGUUCAUUGGUGUCAUCAUAGAUAAUUUCAACCAACAGAAAAAGAAGCUUGGAGGUCAAGACAUCUUUAUGACAGAAGAGCAGAAGAAAUACUAUAAUGCAAUGAAAAAGCUGGGAUCUAAGAAACCACAAAAACCAAUACCUCGGCCAGGGAACAAGUUCCAAGGAUGUAUAUUUGACCUCGUAACAAACCAAGCUUUUGAUAUCUCCAUCAUGGUUCUUAUCUGCCUAAACAUGGUCACCAUGAUGGUAGAAAAAGAGGGACAAAGUGACUACAUGACUGAUGUUUUAUAUUGGAUAAACGUGGUUUUUAUUAUCCUUUUCACUGGAGAAUGUGUGCUGAAACUGGUCUCCCUCAGACACUACUACUUCACUGUAGGAUGGAACAUUUUUGAUUUUGUGGUUGUGAUUCUCUCCAUUGUAGGUAUGUUUCUAGCUGAUUUGAUAGAAAAGUAUUUUGUGUCCCCUACCCUGUUCCGAGUGAUCCGUCUUGCCCGCAUUGGCCGAAUCCUACGUCUGAUCAAAGGGGCCAAGGGGAUCCGCACGCUGCUCUUUGCUCUGAUGAUGUCCCUCCCUGCGUUGUUUAACAUCGGCCUUCUGCUCUUCCUGGUCAUGUUCAUCUAUGCCAUCUUUGGAAUGUCCAACUUUGCCUAUGUUAAAAAGGAAGCUGGAAUUAAUGACAUGUUCAACUUCGAAACUUUUGGCAACAGCAUGAUCUGCCUGUUCCAAAUUACCACCUCUGCUGGCUGGGAUGGAUUGCUAGCACCUAUUCUCAACAGUGCACCACCCGAUUGUGACCCAAGAAAAGUUCAUCCUGGAAGUUCAGUUGAAGGAGACUGUGGGAACCCGUCAGUUGGGAUAUUCUAUUUUGUCAGUUACAUCAUCAUAUCAUUUCUGGUUGUGGUGAACAUGUACAUCGCCGUCAUCCUGGAGAACUUCAGUGUUGCUACUGAGGAAAGUACUGAACCCCUGAGUGAGGAUGACUUUGAGAUGUUCUACGAGGUUUGGGAGAAGUUUGAUCCUGAUGCCACUCAGUUUAUAGAGUUCUCCAAGCUCUCUGAUUUUGCAGCUGCCCUGGAUCCUCCUCUUCUCAUAGCAAAACCAAACAAAGUCCAGCUCAUUGCCAUGGAUCUGCCUAUGGUCAGUGGGGACCGGAUCCAUUGUCUUGACAUCUUAUUUGCCUUUACAAAGCGUGUUUUGGGUGAAAGUGGAGAGAUGGACUCUCUUCGUUCACAGAUGGAAGAAAGGUUCAUGUCUGCAAAUCCUUCUAAAGUGUCCUAUGAACCGAUCACAACUACUCUAAAACGAAAACAAGAGGAUGUGUCUGCUACUGUCAUUCAGCGUGCUUACAGACGUUACCGCUUACGGCAAAAUGUCAAAAAUAUAUCAAGCAUAUAUAUAAAAGAUGGAGACAGAGAUGAUGACUUGCCUAGUAAAAAAGAUAUGGUUUUUGAUAAUGUUAAUGAGAACUCAAGUACAGAAAAAACAGAUGCAACCCCAUCCACAGUCUCUCCCCCUUCAUAUGAUAGUGUAACAAAGCCAGACAAAGAGAAAUAUGAAAAAGACAAAACAGAAAAGGAAGACAAAGAGAAAGAUGGCAAAGAAAGCAAAAAAUAGAGCUUCAUUUUUGAUAUAUUGUUUACAGCCUGUGAAGGUGAUAUAUUUGUGUUAAUAAGACUCUUUUAAGGAGGUCUAUGCCAAAACUUUUUAUCAAAAUAUUCUCAAAGUCAGUGCAGUCGCUAGCUCUGAUUCCCUAAGGUAGGUGGGCAGCAUUAGCAGAUGGCUAUUUUUGCAUUGGUAAAAGUGACUUGAAUUCUAAGAAUAAGUCUAUAGGGAUUAUUGAUUAUAGUAAACAAAGGUGAUUUAAUUUUAUUUGCUUUUAAUCAAUCAAAACAGCAGGUAGAAAAUCUGCCUUGUCAUAUUUUCACAGGAUUGUAAACAUUCGUGUUUCCCAUGCGAAUACAAACAGGCGCGCACACACACACCACACAAAUAUCUAUCAUUUGGAUAGCUACA